AUGGGCCGAGCUUUCUACAAGAAACCAAUUCAGUUCAGUUCCUUUUCAACUCAUUUCGUGUGUGCUCUGGUGCCUAAGCCAGGUGUUGAACCCGGCCAUGGUGUCACCUUUUUAGUAUCUUCUUCUCUAGACUUCUCUAACGCACAAGCAAAAAGAUACUUGGGGGCUUUCAACGCAUCAGUAACUCACGCUAUUGCUGUUGAGCUUGACACUAUAUGGAACCCUGAGUUUAAUGAUAUCAAAGACGGUAACGGUCACAUGGGUAUUGAUGUGACCAAUCCUAUAUCCAUCGCAGUAGCUCAACCAUCUUACUAUUCCAAAGGAGAAACAAACCCUAUACAGGCCUGGGUGGAUUAUGAUGGCUCUAUGCUCAAUGUCUCGUUGGCACCUGUUGAAGUCAAGAAGCCAAGUCUACCUCUUUUGUCACAACCAAUCAACCUUUCAGAUAUUUUUCUGAAUAGAUCAAAACUGUUUGUUGGAUUCUCUGCUGCAACAGGGAACACUGUGAGUGAUCACUAUAUUCUUUGGUGGAGUUUCAGCACAAGGAAAGGAGAAUCAUCACUGCAGCGACUUGACAUCUCAAAACUUCCUCAAGUUCCUUGUCCUAAACCUCUUCCUACAGUUCAUCCUAAAGCUCGGCAUAAGAUGCUACCUACAUGGAUUUAUUGCUCUGGAGUUUAUUUCCACAGGAGGAAGAAGUUUUCAGAAGUUUCUGAAACAUGGGAAAAGGAGUUUGAUGCGCAUCGGUUCUCUUACAAGUCUUUAUACAAAGCAACAAAAGGGAGUUUAUUUCCACAGGAGGAAGAAGUUUUCAGAAGUUUCUGA